AUGGCGUGGAUCAUCCUCACCUCCGUGCUAGGCCUGGCAGCUCUGUACCUCUACCAUGUCAACUCUGCCAUGAAGCGUGUGCCCGAAGAGGCGCACAAGGCAUCGCCUCGUCGUUGGACGGUCGAUGAAAUUGAAUCUGCCUACAAAAAGAGUCUGGAAAGCCCGGUCGAUACAACUAAGAAUCUUCCGCCGAAGCAGUCUCGACGAUAUGUGGUUGUCGGUGGAUCUGGCCUUGUGGGCGGCUGGAUUGUAUCACAUCUGCUUGCGCGAGGUGAAGACCCGGCCUCACUGCGAAUUCUAGAUCUUCUCUCGCCUACUCAAGACAUCCUCGACCGUGGCGUGACCUACGUCAAAACGAACAUCACCGAUGAGCUGGUCGUUUCUACCUCCUUUGAGCAGCCCUGGCCUGAAUCUGUCGCAAGGCUCCCCUUAACCGUCUUCCACACUGCCGCCACGAUCCGUCCUCAAGACCGGCUCAAAAUGUUCUUGCCGUACUGUAGCAAGGUCAAUAUCGACGGCACCAAGAACGUCCUGAGCGCAGCCAGAAAAGCCGGUGCCAGCUGCUUCGUCUCAACAUCAUCUGGCUCCAUAUCUCUGCACAAGCCGAACUUCUGGGUCGCCCCAUGGAGCAAGCUACCAUCCCGCGCCGUGCAGGUCAUCAGCGACGACGCAAAAAUACCCCAGUACCACGACCAAUUCUUUGGCAACUACGCUGUAACCAAGCUUGAAUCCGAGACCAUCGUACGCUCCGCAGACUCUCAGACCUCUAAUUUCCGCACCGGCUGUAUCCGUCCCGCGAAUGGCAUCUACGGUAUCGGCAGCGACGCCUCAAUGACCAUCACAGGCGUGUACCUACGCAAGGGCGGUAGCCCGACCUGGGUUCGGCCGGUGAUCCAAAGCUUCGUGAACGCAGAGAAUGUCUCAAUCGCACACCUCCUGUACGAGCAGCGACUGUUGGAACAAAGCAAGCCGGGCUCGACACUACCCAACAUCGGAGGCCAGGCCUUUGUCGUGACAGACCCGAACCCAGCUGUCUCUUUCAACGACGUCUACACUUUGCUCAGUACAUUGUCCAAGACGCCUGUUUCAUUCCCAACUGUGCAACCCGCCCCGUUGUUGGUCGUUUCGUACCUUGUCGAGCUCUACUGUGUCAUCCAGCACACAUAUCUCCCCUGGCUUCCCAGAUUAACAGGUGACUUGGCGCAGAUGCAACCGUCACUAUUUGCCAUCUCCGAUGUGUUCUGCUUUGCGGAUGACUCGCGUGCGCGCAAGGCACCCGAGCACGGCGGUUUGGGUUAUGAGCCGCCUAUUACUACACUCGAGGGCAUGUGCAAACAGCUGCUGGAUUGGAAUGCCAAGGCUGAGGCGAAGCUGGUUGAUGUUGCUGGGAAGAGUACGGUAGAGAUUACUGGGGAUGGGGUCGAUGUUAAGCUCGUUUCGCCAGAGACGAAGAUUUGA